CACUCAAAACGCAUCCUAUUCCCUCCCAUGGACCAGAGCGAGUGAUAGAGAACUCAUCCCCCGCAGUUCUCAACAAAGAUGAGACUCGUUAGCGGAUCCGGGGCCCCUCGACCACAAGCUCCGAAACCCGAAUCCGAACCCGAACCAAUCUCCCGACUCUCAACCGGAGCAAGAAAGAAAGGACCCGGAACCAGGCCAUGGAUGGUGGUCGACUCAACGGGGCAGGCAGAAGUUAUCGAGGCGGGAAAACACUCAAUCAUGAACCAAACAGGGUUACCGGGCCGAGACCUUCGGAUUCUGGACCCGUUACUGUCUUACCCGUCGACUGUUCUCGGUCGGGAGAGGGCAAUUGUGAUCAAUCUUGAACAUAUAAAGGCGAUUAUCACGGCUCAUGAGGUUCUGCUUCUUAAUUUCAAGGAUCCUGCUGUUGCUCCCUUUGUUCAGGAGUUGCAGCAGAGGAUACAGUUGCAUCAUGAGCAGAGGGAAGGGAUGAUUGGAAUUAGUACAGUAGGAGAGGGGAAAUUCAGUAAAUUAAGGGAUCUUCCUUUUGAGUUCGUAGCAUUGGAGGCUUGCUUAGAGGCUGCUUGCAGUUGUUUGGAGAAUGAGGCGACGACAUUGGAGAAAGAAGCACAUCCGGCGUUGGAUAAGCUGACAACGAAGAUAAGCAGUCUAAAUUUGGAGCAUGUUCGUCAGAUCAAGAGUAGGCUGGUUGCGAUCUCGGGUCGAGUUCAGAAGGUCAGAGAUGAACUCGAACAACUUCUAGACGAUGAUGAUGAUAUGGCUGAAAUGUACUUGACAGACAAGCUGUUGCAGCAGAACGUCUGUACUACUGGAUCUUCACCUCAUUCUUCUCUAGACGAAGAUGAAGAUGAUAUAGAUGACGAUGAGAGAAUCCCAGCUGAGAUUUCAUCUGAAGAUAGCUACAUAGAGAAGAAUUUUGAGGAAAACUCUCAAAAUAUUGGAAAUCACGGGCACCUGUUUUCGAGGAUGGACAGUAACGAGGUUGGCCGUGGAACUCAAACUUGCAGCACAAUAAGUGGGGGCAAACGUCUAAAUAUAGAAGAGCUUGAAAUGCUAUUGGAAGCUUAUUUUGUACAGAUAGACAGCACAUUAAACAAUCUUUCUACGCUAAGGGAGUAUGUGGAUGACACAGAGGAUUACAUCAACAUAAUGUUGGAUGACAAGCAAAACCAUCUCCUACAAAUGGGAGUAGUAUUGACGACCGCAACCCUCAUAGUUAGUGCGUUCGUCGUGCUGGCUGGUAUAUUUGGCAUAAACAUCAACAAUGAUUUAUUUGAUGAGACAAAGUCGGGCACUUCUGAAUGGUUGUGGACUGUCGGUGGAGGAGCCACUGGGAGUUUGUUCCUGUAUAUACUUGCCAUUGCUUGGUGUAAGCAUAGACGAUUGCUCGAGUGAAAGGGGAGUUUGAGUUGUAAUGAAAUGUGCAUGUGAUGUAGGUUUCUUUUAAGUUCUUUUUGGACAUGGGAGUAUUUGAUGUGCAUUGUCAGAGGGAAUUCUAUAGGGUGGGUAUAGUUAAUGGGAGCGAUUUAUGCCUUUGAUUUUCUAUGU